AUGCCACCGCCUUGUUUUGUCCAGGUACACACACUGGCUCGUCGAAAGUCGACGCCGUUCGAGAACCGGCUGGCAUGCAUUGCAGCACUGGCAGACCGUACACCGAAUCAAGGGAUCGCCUGGUUUGUGCCUGCAGCGGAACGGGAGGCACUCCAGAUCACGACGCACAUGUUACUGGGCACGGUGCAGGAGUUAGAGGCGGCUGGCGAGAACCCAGAGAACCCGGCAAACGCGGAGCUUACACGGCAACUGGAAGCGCUUAUCAGGCAACUUGAACAGUUGCUGACGCGUCUGGCAGCGACCGAACCGCUACCGCUCUCGAGCGCGCUCGUCGAUGUGGUGGUCUUUGCCCUCAGUCGCUGUGUAGUGGACUGGAGCGCGGCCGUCUGCACAGAUCCCUCGUAUUGGUUACGUACGCUCGACGAUGAACUGGCUAUGGAAGAGCAGUCAUUCCGCGCGACUGCUGAACAAGAGCAGAAAGCGCUGGCAUCAGCGCCACCGGCACCAGAGCACAAGCGACGCCCAGAACUCGUGCACAUGCCACUACUAAGAAGCGUUCUCGCUGUGUUGGUUGCUUUGCUGGAGCGACCUGCGUUCCAACCGGCAACCGAGGCCCUGCUACGACUGGUCGGCGCAGUGGUCCGCGUUUGCAUGCUUGCGGAACAGCAGCCAGUGCUCGAGCGCUGCCGCCAACUCGACCAACUGCUCAUACAGGUGCGCACACGGAUCCUCGAAAGACUCCAGGCACGAGCCGAGUUCCGGAACGCGACGCUGAAGCAGCUGGAGACCUUGUUCCAAAGCGUACCGGGUCUUUUGGGGUGCCUCUCGCUCAUAUCGUUACGAGAGGCGGCCUGGGGUGUGCCCCUGAAAUUGCUCCUCCAUCGCAGCAUCGAUGACCUGUCGAAAGCGAGCGGCGGUCGGAAACAUGCUACCAUUGGCGCUGCGUACGCAACCUGGAUAAUCGAUACGCUCAAGCAGCUGGGCGAGCAUCCGGCGCUUAUCCUCGAUCCGGGCAGUAGCGCGAAUGAGUCACUGCGACUAGGGUCUCGGGUCGCGACCACAACCCAGACGCUGAUGUCGGUAGCCAGCCUGAUUCAGUGCUUCCGACUGGGUGCCGAGUGCUUGAGUCAGGCGUCGUCGCCGGAGGUCAGCGACAGCGCUCCGGUCACCCGAGAGCGGGUCCCGGGAGCGGCACGGAAGCGCUCUCGUUCCGCUGCAGCCGCUGCGUCGCAGGGAAUAGCGUCCACGCUGCCGCGAAACCUGGAUUCUGUUGCUGGUGAGAGCCAGCGACCUCGCAACGGCGUCGCUUAUCUGACAACAUUCCUACAUCAUUUGGCAUCGUUACCGUCGCUUCCUGAUGAACUAUGGCGAUGCCUCUGGAGCAGCGUGCUCACAGACGCGUGGCAGUUCCGCCUCUUCACUCGACUGGAUAGCGAUGAUGCGUCGGUAUCGUCGCUGCUCCGGAGCAUGGUGCCGUUGGCGGCACAGCGUCGACUGCUGCCUCGGCUGCUGACGCGUCUCACGACUGAGCCCUUGCUAGAUCCGCAGGUCGUUUCGUUUUGCUUCUUUGACAGGGCGGCAACGGAUCCGGCAGUGGACGCCUUUCGCGUCGCGUUCGUGACAGACCUCGGUGGACAUCGAGACGGCAGUCGUCUGUUCCAGCUGCUCAUCAAACAUUGCAUUGAAACAGGUCAAGCAGUGCGGUGGAGCCCGCGCUUGCAGCUCCGGAUGGAGCAGGACCUCGCCAAGCAUUGGUCCGUAGCGCAACGCUGGUCCCUGUUUAUGCAGCUAUUGCAGAUGCUUCAGCCCGCGCUUGAGCAAUCGGUUCGAGCGCCUGCUGCAUCCUCGUCACCAGAAGCCGCUGGGUGCGAUACAAAUCGAACAGAGCGAGCGUCUUUAGCCAAGUGGUCGCUGCUCCCGUUGCUCGUGACAAGCAUCGAGUCGAUCGCGUCGCAGUUCAGUGCCGCAGCUGAAGCGCUCGAAAGCACACUUGGCGACAUCCGCGAUCCGCUCAUCACCGAUGCCUGCCGUGCAUGCUGGCGCUGGAGUCGCGAAAGCGCUCCGCAACUGCUGCCGGAGCUUGCGCGGGUAAGCCUUGCGUUGUUGCAGCUGCAACAAACGAUGCAGCCUGGGCUCUCCACUGACUCGAUGCAGCUGUUAACGGAGCUGCGCAGCUGGCAGCCGGAUACCGCCACACGGAGCGUCCUUGAGCUGUGGCUGCGACAGCUGCAGAUACCCGCAAUGCGGAGUCAUCACAGGGAGACGUCAUUAGGUGCGCUUUGGCUGCCACAGCGCGACUGUCGCUUGCCGAUACGACAGGAGCGCACCAUGUUGUGGGCACACGCUGCACUCCAGCUGGUGCGCAUCAGCGAGGAACGCGCUCUGCUCGAUGCAGUGCUGGAGAUGGCACUUGAUGAACCCCGAAUCAACGAAUGGAUCUGUGAAGAUGUGGAUAUCUGGGAGCUCCGGAUUCGUCCAAGCGAGGAACAGGUGCUGGAAACGCCGGAUACCGGGCUCGAUACGCCGCACCUCCGCAUCAGGCAUGAUGACAGCGACUACACCACGACUGCUGGCUGUGUAUUGGCGUUCCUCGCCCGCCAGCACGCCGAUACGCUACGAUCCAUUCCUUGUCUUCGACUGGUGACAGCAAUACCGCAGUUGCCCCGCGAUACCCCCAAGGUAGCCGCUUUGGUCGAGCUACUGCUCUGCCGCCUGUUGUGCGCGUUCGCGCAGGCGCCCUGCAGUGCGGACCUGCAUCCGCUUUCCACCUGGAGUAUCGUGCAUUUAUCGGAUUUAUGGAUGGAAGCGAAUGCCUCAACGGUGGCGGUGACGAUACCGUCGGCGGCCACGUCGCCGACGACUACGGAAGCGCUUCGUACUGCUGCGGAAGCGGCCCUGUUUCAGUGCCUGCAGUGCGUUUGGCCGGCGGAAGCGUCGCCCAGCAAGACCGACGGCUCAGCGCCCCAAACACUCUGGUUACGGCAACGGUUUCUUCUGGAGCCUUUUCUAGAUACGUUGUUGCGUCUGCUACCUGCAUCCCGGGUACUGGCAUUGCUUGAGCGCUGCGCCUGGACCCCGGACACCUGGACGCGAACACCGCGUUUGUUGCUCGCGCUAUGUCGUAUGGGUCUCGCAUACGGUCCGCGUUUUGCCUUGCGAUGGACAGGUAGUGCAGCGCUCGCCGAGCAUCUGAGCACUCUCUGGAAACAGCAAUUGGCUGGCGAAGACGCACAGGUACCGUACUGGACGCAUCAGCACAUGGGUCUCUACCAGGAACUGUGCAGCGCCUUCCUGCGCAGUCUCUGGACGCAUCCACCAGAUGCAUGGCGCUUGAUUUACCUGCAUUGUUGCGACACGCUGCUGAAUACGACGAACUUUGCAGCUGGCCACGAGCUGGAGCCUCAGCAGCAGCAGCAGCAGCAGCAGCACCAGUUGCUGCUGCCGCUGCUGUCGUCGUUGCAGCCACUGACGCCUCUGGAUGAGAUUCCCCGCGCGUUGCGUCCUCGCUGCUGGGCGCUGUGGCGGCGUUUGCUUACUGAGCGCUGGGAGAUACCCACUGAAAUGCCAUCACAAUCGCUGGCGAAUGCACUGGUCACUGUGUUGGCGACAUGUUCACCGGUCUGGUUGGAUUCGCAGCCCUUUGCUGGUCUGUUGUGGAUCCAGCACUGGCUAGAGCAGCUGGCGAGACGGUUACCCCGACGCGCGUUGCGCUUCAUCUGGGACUGUUUCGAGGACACAUGGAGGGCGUUGAGCGCACCAGAAUCGCAACCAGCAACGACUCAACGUUCCCUGGGACCCGGUCGUACGGCACUGCUGCUGAGUAUGUUGGUACUGGCGUCGAGCGCCGAGGCACCGUCAGCACCUGGAAUACCUGCCUCGGUGCUAGAUGUCGCCGGGGAGGCGAGUGCGGCCUCAGCCGGCAGCACCCAACGCUCCGCUGCCGGCUAUAUCGAGAUGCGACUGGGUAUUUGGCUUACCAGCAUGGACGCCGCAACGCUGGAGGCAGUCCUCGAGAGACUCUUGGAGUACAGGCUUCCGGAACUCCAACCAGACGGAUCGAUUCAAUACGAUACACCGGCUUUGUGGUACCUGUUACGUCUGGUGGAGCGAUUAUGGCGCCCGCUUCAGCGUCCAGAGCGAUAUGGAACCGCAGUCACAGCAGCAGCUGCACGUCCCAGGCCUGAGCACCUUGCUCGUGGUGCGCGCUUUCACGGCCUCGGGACGCACUGGCGUCGUCAACACCAGGCAUUGCUUCGCGUGGUGAAAGCGCUACUGAUAGCGAGUGCUCGAGCGUUGACGCAGACCGGAACGCAACGCCGUUGCCGGCUUGUGGAGACCCUGGUGCGGCUCCUGAUCGCUUUGGUCGAUCGCUCAGCGGAUCCAGCGGGAGCUCUUUUUCAUCCGGUUCUGGCGCUCGCGUUGCGGGUCACCGAGCAGUACCCCGGAGAAGCGAGUAUUGCGACGCUUUGGUAUGCGAUGGUGCAGCAGCACCCGCGGCUCGUCCGACGCGUGGCUCCGUUUUUGGUUCCGCUCCUGGUGCGAGCGUGGAUCAACUUGCGCCAACAACAGCAACAGCAGCAGCAGCACCAACAGUCUUCGCGGUUUUCAGUAGGCGUCAGGGAGCGGGCUACCGAUCACCGCCCCUGGAUCGAUACUGCUCUACGGAAUCUACACGCGAUAUUACUCGAGCUGUGGUCUAUGGUAGAAGAACGAGCACGUUGGCACGUUUACGCGCUUACACCAUCACCCGUACUCCCUUAUCUACAUCAAUGGGAACGCGACUAUAUCCGACAGGAAAAAUAUCGUGGUCUAGGAUAA